AUGCCCAUGAAGGGCAUGCGUCGAUUUAGAGUUUCAAGGAAGCUCAGUCCCCAUUACAUUGGACCCUUUGUCAUUCGGGAGCGAGUUGGGGCUUUGUCAUAUAGGUGGGUUUUGCCACCUCAAUUAUCCGGCGUUCACGUCUUUCAUAUGUCUAUGUUGAGGAAGUAUGUGCCGGAUCCCCAACUUAGUACUGAUUAUCAGACCAUUGAGGUCGGGGAGGAUGUUUCGUACGAAGGGAUGCCAAGUAUUGUUUUGGAGCGGAAAGGGAAAGUUCUAAGGAACCGGUCAAUUCCAUUUGUAAAGGUCCAGUGGCAGCGUCAUCCUUCGAACGAGGCUCUUGGGAGCACGAGGAUGAGAUGA